GGCCUCCCCUGGGCCAGGCGUCUGGGUGGCACCGUCUCAGCCUUGGAGGCCUAGAGUAGGGCCGGGAGGACUGGCUGUUACCGUCGGGAGCUGUUUGAACCCCGAAGUGCAUCGUUAGCCGGGACACGAGUGUGGCUUCCAGCCGGCGGACUUGGGGGAUCUUUUAGUCCAGCGAAGGAAACUUCCUUCCUUUUAACAUAAGCUCGGCUAGUGUUUCCCAAACUUCCCUCAUCAAAAGAAUCCAUCUGUAACAAAAAUUAAUUAAUUUUUUUAAAAAAUCAAUGAAAACAUAUUUAAAAACUCAAAAAGAAAAAAAAAAAGAAUCCAUCUAAUGUGCUGGAGAGAGAUGCUCCACCGCCUCCCCUCUCCCCUGUCUGAUUCGGUAGAUACAGGCGGUGAAGGUCCUGGCAAUCUGGUGGGAUUUUUUUUAAACAGGUGCCCUCAAGAGAUUGUUAUGAUCAAGAAAGUUUGAUAAUCGCUGACUAGGUUGUUUUCUGGACUCGUAAUUUAACACUGCCCAGAGGGCCCUGGCCGGUUUGGCUCAGCGGUUAGAGCGUCGGCCUGAGAACCAGUAUCUAAGCAGUGGAUCCGAGCCCUGGAGGUUGGUGAGAGCCACGUCCUGCCUCUAGAUGAAAUUGGGAGAGAGACCAUGACUGUAACCCUGAUAGAUGCCAAUCACUGCCCUGGCUCUGUCAUGUUUCUCUUUGAAGGAUACUUUGGAACCAUCCUGUAUACAGGUGAUUUUCGGUACACACCGUCCAUGCUAAAGGAGCCAGCCCUGAGAGUGGGGAAACAGAUCCAUACCUUAUACCUAGACAACACCAAUUGCAACCCAGAGCUGGUUCUUCCUUCUCAGCAAGAAGCUGCCCACCAGAUUGUGGAACUCAUUCGAAAGCACCCACAUCAUAAUGUAAAGAUUGGACUCUAUCACCUGGGGAAAGAGUCCCUGCUGGAGCAGCUGGCCCUGGAGUUUCAGACCUGGGUGGUGUUGAGUCCUUGUCGCCUGGAGUUGGUGCAGCUGUUGGGCCUGGCAGAUGUGUUCACAGUGGAGGAGAAAGCUGGCCGCAUCCAUGCCGUGAACCACACGGAGAUCUGCCAUUCUGCCAUGCUGCGUUGGAACCAGACCCACCCUACUAUUGCUAUCCUUCCCACAAGCCGGAAAAUCCCCAGCUCCCACCCCAAUAUCCAUGUCAUCCCUUACUCUGACCAUUCCUCCUACUCGGAGCUUCGUGCCUUUGUGACAGCACUAAAGCCUUGCCAGGUGGUGCCCAUUGUCAGUCGACAGCCGUAUAGGGACUACUUUCAGGACAGCCUGGGCCCCAGGCUCUCGGUGCCCCUGAUUCCAGACUCUGUACAGCAAUACAUGAGUUCCUCCUCUAGGAAACCAAGUGUUUUCUGGCUGUUAAAAAGGAAAUGUAGGCCAAGAACACAGGGUGUCAUGUUUGAAUCUCUUGAGGAAAAGGCUGAUCAAUUUCAAGCUGACAGGGACUCAAAAGCUAAUAACAAGAACCUCUGUGGGAACCUUGAGAAGCAGCCCUCCCACCAUCCUUUGCAAAUCAGGAAGCAGUUGUCCCCAGACCUCUGCAGCAAAGAGAGGGAUGAGGCAGUCCCUUUCUCUGAGUCCCAGAAGAUGGUGACUGUACUGACUGCCCCCUUGGGUUUUUCAGUUCACUUAAGGUCUCCAGAAACUGGGGAGGAAAUUGGCGUAGGGCCCCACUUGGUCCCCAGGGGAGAGAGCGAUGGCUCAGCAGUCUCAGGGAACCAGCGUACUUGGAGGAGCCAGGGUUCACCCCCCUCUCACCGCAGCAAGGCUGUCCCUCUUCUGGCUCCUGAGUUCAGUGGCCUGGCACUAAAAUACCUUCUGACUCCAGUGAACUUUUUCCAGGCAAGGUUCUCUUCCAGGGGCUUCGACCAGCAAAUGGAAAAAUACCAUAAAUCCUUGGUGAAGUUCAGAGAGGAGAGUACAACCUUGUUUGAUCCAGCACUACAGUUUUGAAGAUGGUGACUAAUGGCUGGUGGGGAGUUCGUUUAGGGCCUUUUCUGUCUUUUCAGGAUCCUUUCAGAGAAGCAACACUUCUCGGAACACUUCUCAAAGUGUAUUCAUUGGAAGCCUAAUGCCUAUGGAAUCCUGUUUAUAGUUGACUGUUUGAAAACUGUUUUCAUUAAAACCCCUUGGCAGUGUGAGCCCCUGUGAGGUUCUAAGAAGCUUGCAGUAAUGAUCUGUUUACAUUGUUAACAUAGUAUUUCUCCAGCUUUUUUGAACAUGCAGUUCUCUUAGGUAGCUUCAGAAAGGGUUAAAGAGUUUGCAUCAAAAAGGCCCAGUUCAUUCCCAUUGUUAUUUUGUGUGUCCUGUGCUAUUCUCCGUGUCCCCUCCUCCCUUUUCCUAGACAAAAGUCCCUAGGUAGUUCUGUUUUUUAAAUUAGGAACUGUGGUGCUGAAGGAUAAAGUGGUGAUCUGGGCAGCACGUUCCAAUCCUGGAUGUCAGUGACUUGCUGUGACCCCAGAUCCAAGCUACUUCCUGUCUCUGCCUCUGGGAAGGAACAGGAAGUGAUGAAGAGCCUUGGAACAGUAGAGGAAAAUUCCAUCUUUGCUUCCAUGAGAGUUUGCAGUUGGUGUCACUGGGGACCUACCUGGAACAGAGCCAGCUGGGGGAUUGGGCACCCCUCACCAAGGCAGUACCUGGAACUAGACUUAGGGUAUGAUGAGCCUCCCAGCUGCCUGGAGGCCGACUUUGACUGAAAUAAAGUUACAAAAGAUCAAAUGUGCUGCCAGAUAUUCCUGAUUGUUCACAUAGCUGGGAUGUUUACUGCCUCCCUCUCCCCCCACCCUUGGAUUGAGUAGGGAGCCAGAGCACACAGCCUGUUUGUUUUAGUAUCCAGGGCAGAGACCAAGGAGCCAGCUGGUGGAAGGGGUGGGGGUGUGCAGUUCUGCCCUGUCCUUCUGCUCACAGCCUGACGAAAUGCCAAAGCAAUAAGCAGGACAGCAGACACCGCAGGCUCAGAGGGCACAGGCAUGUAGAGCUGGGCACAUGGAUAAAAACUGCUUCAGAAUGGAUCCUCAGGCCUUUGUAAUGAUGAAGCCUGUUUCUUGUAUAGGAAAAACAGUUUUAUACUUUGGGAGGAAGAUAUGAAGUUUAGAGACUAAAAUUGAGCUUUGCUCUUGGGUAAACUGUCCACAGCUGUGUUUUGUCAGUGACCUUCACUGUAAGCCUUCCAUGGGCCCACUGGGAGCUGCAGCAGGUGAGGCCUGUGGGACAGCAGGAAACAGGCAUUGUCCUGGGCUUGAAUCCAGGGCACCCUGGGCCAGUAGACCAGGCUUAAACAGCAGAGCCUCUGUUCCUCAUCAAUAAAACAGGGACUGAGAUACCUACCUCUCCUGGUUGCCAUAGAGGUUAGAUAAUUGGGGAAAUUCCUAGCUCAGUGCCUACCACAUGAUGGGUAUUUGAAAUAUCAGUUCUCUUAACCUCUGGUUCUUUAAAAAGUUUAUAUAUAAAAUAAGAAACUUUGGAAGUCAUGAAAAUAUUUUUUUAAAAU